CUUGGAAUACGGAGAGGGUGUUGGUGAAGUGCUGGCCUGGACUAGUCUUAACGCUCCCGAAAGAUUGACGUUCUCCAUUGACUCGGAAUCCCAUGUGUCCUCCGCCACAGACGCCUCCUCCGGCUGAAAUUGGAUCGAACUGGAGCGACGAACAAAUCAUUUCAUUACUGGAUGGGUACAAACCAGGAUCCAGCCUCCCGAACAAUGUGCUAGCAGAUUCUAGCCCUUACCAGUAUCCACCCUCAAAUUUACCAGAAGGAAUCUGGUACCUACUUCACUCAAAUGAGAAAAAAGAAUGUGUUGAUGGAUUCUGGAAAGCAAAAGGAGAAUCUUGUAAGAUUUACUCAAACUCUAAGAUAACUGGUUGGAGAACAACCUUAGAAUACUUCGAAGGUCAAGCCCCUCACGGACAGAAAACAAAUUGGCAUAUGCAAGAGUACAGGAUAACACAAAAGGAAUUAUGUGAUAAAGAUAAGCCUAAGGUACGCAAGGAAUCCAGAUCACUGUGCAGAGUGUUCCUCUGCAGUGGGCACAAAGGUGAGAUGCAUUCUCAGAACUGUAUAACCGUCGUUGGAUCAACAAAGGUUAAUUCAGUCACGUUAAUAAACCCUGAAGAUAACAUUACCUCCCAUCAAGACUCUAAACGCGAUUCUAAGGAGAAGAGGGGACAUGAAGCUGCAGUGCUCCCCGUAGUGGCGGAUACCAGACCAAACUCUUCUCCACAAGGUUUGUCCGAACUAGACUAUAUCUUGAGAGGUGACUACCUGGAAUUGGAUGAUCUAGAAGAUCCCGAAUCACAUUCGUCGAGCUCACAGAACUCAAGCUGUCCUAGCAAGUUGUCUGAUGAAUACUUCGAUUCUUCGGCUUUCUUGCGGGACCUCGAGGAAGAGGUGAACAGUUUCGUCCCACGGAGUCAAUGUAGUUCAAGAUACAGUUUUACUGCAUCACUCAGUGCAAAUGACGUGAUUUUACAGCCUGUCUCUUUAGGAUCUGUAUCAAGUGCCUCUAUAAGAAGCAAUGUGGUCGAGGGCCCAGUAACCAGUUCAACAAUCCCUGAAAGUCUGGCAGAUAAAAGAGUGCAGGAGCACACUACAAAACGGCAGAAUCCAGAGAGCAGGAACGAAGGCGCUUCAAAUUUCUCUAGCUUGGGAUCACCAUCGACCAGCAAUAAGAGCACUGCGAGGAGUGGAGAGAAGAAGGCUGGUGCAGGAAGAAUGAAGAAGCUCAAAACCUAUUUCUGUUUUUCGACCUUCUAAGUAAUUAGGUGAGACGGUUCUCUAUCCCGUGGCAAAGCAGUCAUCCCAUUUGCCCGUUUGAUUGAGUGAAGAAGUAGACAUUUUGAUACAGUUCAAAACUUAAUAGUAGUUGUCAAGGAGAAAACAAGAAAAAAAUGAAAGAAAUGGAAGAGUUGCAAUGGCAAUUGUGUUAGGGAUGAAGAUGUUCUUGAUACAUAGGUUGAUUGUAUGUAUGUAAUGUAAGUAGAAGAAACCUUGCUUGGCAGGCUGGAUAUAGUAUAUGUUGGAAUUGUAAUUUGAGGUUUAUAUAGCUGUUUCAGUUUGUGAUGAUUUUAUUAUUAUAUACAGAGUAGCCUACACAUUGUAAUCUCCUCUGACUUUUGGUACUAAAUACUAAAAAUGUAAGAUUUAGUCAUCA